AUGGCAGAACGAACCUCCAUCUUCCUCCACGCAGAGUUGUUACCCAAUAUUCGCCAGCUGACAGUCCAUGUCUCCCUACCGAGUCGUCCCGCGGACGUAGAUCUUAGAUCAUCGACUAUCACCCUCUCUGAAUCACGCCGCGCGAUCACAGUAUACACUACUCGUGGGAUUGAUGAUGAGAAACAAGAGUUCUUGGAAACACUAAAGUUACCAGCUCGAGUAGCUGAGUCGUCACGGCGGAAUCUCAGCUUCGCGGGGCAUCAAGUGGAUACUCUACAAGACGCUAAUAGUACAGACUACUCAUUCAGAUUGCAAGUCGAUGAUUACGACAACGCAUCGAAGCUUUCAAAUAACGGCUUGCACGAAGAUGACUUUGUUCCAUGGACCGCGAACGAUAUGCUGGUGCAAACGGCGCUUCAUUGUCGAUUCUGUAGGGAGCUAAUUCUAGGAUCUCUGGAACACGGCACGACGAAAUGGACAUGGAAAGAUCUUCCUAGCGGUAACUGGGCGGAAAUGAUGGAUUUUUGGCAUUGUCACAAGCCGGACGUGCAUGCGGAUGAGAAAGACCAGCAAAGAGUAAUUGAUGACCAGAGCGCCUCUGUUAAGGGAUACGGAGCUUCGAACCGGGUCAUUGCUCUUACGGGCACGGUCCUUAUCGAUGUAGCGUCUUUUCUGGUAGCAGAGGGCGACUGCCAGAAUAUCAAGAGGUUCCAAGUGUCGGAUGCAACGCCCCUAGCACCCUUGACAGCGAUGACGAGGGCAAAUAUACAAUGUAAGCAAUGCGGGGUUGUUGUAGGCAUGGAGGAUCCCAUGGCGGACGGGUUACGGCUGUACAAGAGUAAUAUAUCGGUGCGACACCCCUCAGCAUUGGGGCACCCAGAAAACCCAAUUUUCGAGUCCUAUGUUAUGGACAUGUUCAUCAGCGCGCAGCUUCUAGAACUAAUCAACCGGGAAGGGGUACGGCGAUUUGUUAUCCACGCUGGUAACCUGGACGGCCUUCUCGUAUGGGCGUUCAAUCCCGAUCUGCGGUACUCGAGCGCGAGUGCAGAUCAUAGCAUCAUCACCGAACGAGCUAUGAAAGUCUUAUACCAGGCAGUGCCGAACGUGGAGAAGAUUCUCGAGCCUGAGAAAGGCACAGCCGUCCCGCUUUCACUGGAGGAGCUGUACUUGCCUGCCACCAUCUAUGAUGAGUUCCUGGACUCGCUGAAACGCAGCAAUGGGAUUCUUCCGGGAUCUGCAAGGACAUUUCGAGAAUGGAAUGUUGCAUUUCUGCGCCGAUACGAGCGAGUUCCGUGA